CGGGUCCCUAGGGCGGUCCACCUGCGCGUCGGGGAGCCGCGCCCUGGGGGUCGAUGGCGAUGAACUAUAACGCGAAGGAUGAAGUGGAUGGUGGGCCCCCGAUUGCUCCCGGGGGCACCGCUAAGAACCGGAGACCGGAUAACACGGCCUUCAAACAGCAGCGGCUGCCCGCUUGGCAGCCCAUCCUUACGGCUGGCACGGUGCUACCCACCUUCUUCAUCAUCGGCCUCAUCUUUAUCCCCAUUGGCAUCGGCAUCUUCGUCACCUCCAACAACAUCCGCGAGAUCGAGAUUGAUUAUACCGGAACAGAUCCUUCCAGUCCCUGCAAUAAAUGUUUGUCUCCAAAUGUGACACCUUGUAUUUGUACCAUUAACUUCACACUGGAACAGUCAUUUGAGGGCAAUGUGUUUAUGUAUUAUGGACUGUCUAAUUUCUAUCAAAACCAUCGUCGUUAUGUGAAAUCUCGAGAUGAUAGUCAACUAAAUGGAGAUGCUCGUGCUUUACUUAAUCCCAGUAAGGAAUGUGAGCCUUAUCGAAGAAAUGAAGACAAACCAAUUGCUCCUUGUGGAGCUAUUGCCAACAGCAUGUUUAAUGAUACACUAGAAUUGUUUCUGGUUGGCAAUGAAUCUGAUCCUUCGCCUAUUCCUUUGAAAAAGAAAGGUAUUGCUUGGUGGACAGAUAAAAAUGUGAAAUUCAGAAAUCCCCCUGGAGACAUUCCCCUAGAAGAACGAUUCAAAGGCACAACAAAGCCAGUAAACUGGGUUAAGCAAGUAUAUAUGCUGGAUCUUGACGAAGAUAAUAAUGGGUUCAUAAAUGAGGAUUUUAUUGUUUGGAUGCGUACUGCAGCAUUACCUACUUUUCGUAAGUUAUAUCGUCUUAUAGAGCGGACAAAUGAUUUACAUCCAACAUUACCAGCUGGACGAUACUAUUUGAAUAUCACAUACAAUUACCCUGUACAUUCAUUUGAUGGACGGAAGCGGAUGAUCUUGAGCACUAUUUCAUGGAUGGGAGGAAAAAAUCCAUUUUUGGGGAUUGCUUACAUCGCAAUUGGAUCCAUUUCCUUCCUCCUGGGAGUUGUACUGCUAGUAAUUAAUCAUAAAUAUAGAAACAGUAGUAAUACUGCUGACAUAACCAUUUAAUUUUAUAUUCUGAAAACAAAUUUACUGCAUGUGCAUCAAGGCCAGUCCUGUUCAACCUAGCUUUCAAAUGCUGAUGUCUGGUUAGUAUGUCAUUUUUGAAAUUGGUACAUAACUUUUUUUCUUUUAAAGCAGUCUUUGUCCUUUGCUUCUUCCUUAUGGAUAACUUAUGAAAAUAUAUGACGGGUAUAAAACAAAUUAGCUAUAUUGAUCACAUCAACACUGUAACUGCUGAAGUGGCAUUCUGAUGUUUCCCUUUUGUUGGGACAGGCCGUAUGAUGCAUAGAGCCUCUUUCAUGUGAAAUGCGUCUGCUGCUUAAAUGUUUAUGCUGUGUUGAUAAUAUUAUAUUGAAAUGUGAUACUGUAUAUGUGUGCCUAUUGUGUGAAGAAAGGGGUUACAAGAUGUAUGAGUAUAAUAACUUGCUAACCUUUCAGGAUUCAGAGUUACAAAAGAAUGAAGAAAGACCAAAUCUAAAUAAAACACUUCAUCCUUUUCAUGUGUCGUGUGUAAAGGCUUAAAAUACCUUUAAGGUGUUGAGGUGGUUCAUGUAUUCAGUUUAUCCAGUAGUUCUUUGUCAAGCUUAGAUUUGAUUUCAAAGGAGAUGCUUACCUGUCUAGCAUAGGAAUUAAUGCUCAUGUCUGAGGAGGUCAGGUAGGUCUCAGGUAGGAGAAUUUAAAAUUCCUCUUUCCAUUUGGUUAAGAUGUUGCAGUCAGGAAACCCAUGUCACUUGAUGUUUUUACAUGUGAUCAUUUCCCUUGAAGCUUACACUUCAUAAGGGAUGCAAGAAUAUAGGUGAGAUGGGAAGACUUCUUGGCAGACCUUUAUCUUUUGCUUCAACUGUAAACCAGAUGUAAAUGUUCAAACGAAACUGUUUUCAUUCUUGUGGUAUUUAACAUUCAGAAAUUUGCAUCAGCAUUGGAAUUACCUCAAGCUGUUUUUAUUUUGCAGGUAAGUGUUUUGAUUUAAGUACUAAUAUUAUAUUGCAAAAAUUUUGGAAAACAGUAACCUUCAUUUCCUCUAUAUUUCAUUCAAUUUUUACAUAAAGGUCAGAUAUGAAUGUGUAUGCACAUUCUGUUUAGUUAAGGCACCAAUUGUUUUGGUUGGUUUUUCUAAGAUGUACUUUAAAAUGAAGUUCUUUAAAUUUCCUAAUUAAAUUCUGGAGAUUUUGGAGUAUGUACAUGAUAAGUUAUAAUAUAUAUGCUUGAAGUUAUUUUAUUUUCUAUUAACUGGAAUUAUUUUUAAUAUUCCUUGUUGAAUAAAUGCUGUAAUUUGUUUGCUAUGGAACUUAUUCUUGAAUGUGAACUUAUUUUUUCACAUGCAUGAAAUGUAUGUCUUAAUUAGAGGUGGCUUAAUUGCAUUGAAAUGGCUUUUUUUUAACUAAAAUAACUCAUGUGUUUGUAUAGAAAAAUGCCUGUUUGAAUCCAGAGUUUGUAAUGCUUUCCUUUGCUUAUAUUUUAAAUCAGAGUCUGGGUAAUGUAUCAAUUUUGAUUAAUAUAUGUUUUUUUAAAAACAAAAAACAAAAAAUAAUGUAAUGAUUAAUAGUAGAAAUGUGCCACACUUCUUAAGUUUUGUAUAAUAUGAGAUUCAGUUAAAAGAACUUGUAGUUCAUAAUGACUUUAACAGAUAGACUGUUCCUUGCAUGAGGUACUUAAUGUAUGAUUAUCCUGAAAUUUCUGAGUGCAUAGGGUAUUCUGUGUGUAAAAUUACUCUUUGUUUUGUCAGUCGUUCAGAAUAUGGUCAUUUAUUCUGAUAAUUGACCCUCUUGCACAUGGCAGUUUAUUUUCUGGGAUAUAUCAUUGGGGGAGAGGGCUUCUCCCAGUCUUUGCAGGUUGAGUUUCUGCUGGUUAAGAAGGACUGCCAUCCCGCAUCUCUUUUUCUAAUUGGGGGACCAGAGGCGCCACUACAGAAGAGCCCUUCCAACACUUUCUCAUCUAUGGUGAAGACGGAAUCUUAAAAUAUGUUUGGAGUUUUAUCUGUUUUACAAGUACAUUGAUGGUCUAAGUUCUCCCUUGUCUCCUGCCAUUUGAGCUGUAAGGGACUCCUGUUGCUAAAUAUGAAGGAUGUGGAGCAUUCAUAUGGCCUCUGUGACUGGGGGAAGGAAGACAUUUCUUGUGGGCUUUAUGCUCGUCUUUUGGAAACACUGAUGUCAUACUCAACUUUCAAAGACUCAUAUUGCAUUUUAAGACAGCCAGGUUAAGUAGAAGGAAUUGAAGAAUGCAUUAACUUGCAGGAAAUAUUUUGAUAUAAGAAGUUCCCAAUUGAAGGAAUUAUUUAAUAGGUAAAAGCUAAGAAAUUUCUUUGAAAUCAUAAAGCAGCUUAAAAAUAAAUUGGUAAAAAUAACUGUACUACCUAAUAGUUAUUCAACCGGGAGGAGAGUCAAGUGAAUAUUAGUUGUUUAUUGGUUAGUAACAGUAUUUGCAACCUUGAUUAUAUUGAAAGAUAACUUUCUGUUAGUAUGUUCUGUAUUAAUAAAAAUGAACAAAAUUAAUUUUGCUAUGUUUGUGUCUUGCUAAAAUAACAGUGCCCCAGUGUUGUUGCUAAUGUUUAGCACUAAAUUUUAGCCCAAGCUCAGUGAGUCCAGAUUUUAACAUUUCCAUGCCUAGAUUUGAUUGCCAUAUGUGUACGUAUUAAUCACCCUGACAGCAUUAACUGCAGGAUUUAUCUGUAUUACUGGGAAACAUCUGUUCUUACCAGGAAGUGGUCAGAUUGUAACCUCAGUUAUAGGCAGAUGGGCUAAAUUUGGUAUUAGGUCAAGGGAAAUUUCUGGUAACUAAGAAGUGAAUAACUGGUAGAGAGACAAGGAUGGUGAAAAUAAUGAAGUGGGUGGGAACAUAGGGAAUAAAGCGCUGGACCAGGAAGCAGGGCAGCUGAGCAGUAAGCUUAAUGACUGCUCUUCAGCCUGCUCACCUCCUGUCUUCAUGGAAACACUGCCUUAGAAUUAUCGUGUGGUCCUUGUUGGUUAAGCUGCAAAGUUCUGUUCUUUCCGAACGUGGUUAUUUUGAGGGGAGGGUGCAGGGAGUAAGGAAGUGCUGUUUCAAGAAGAAUUUGGUGCAUAACUGUUUGCGGUAGUAUUUGAAUAAUCUAGUAAAGUGUAUUAGAGCCUCUUUUUAGCCCGUGCCCCAUUCAAAACACAUAAAAAUCACAUUUCCCUAAUGUCAUUUGAAAUUCCAAAAUAAAUAUCAUAUCUAAAAUCAAAUCAGACC